AUGGGCCUUCCUGCCAAUCUAGUGGCACUCUGUGCUUUUAGCAUUAAAGUCCACAGAAGUCGGCUUCCAUCAGACAUCCUGCUACUGAAUCUGACUGUGUCUGACCUGCUCUUCUUAAUCACGCUUCCUCUUAAAAUGCAUGAGGCGGCAUCAGGGAUGAAGUGGACUCUGCCCAGCUUCUUGUGCUCCAUAAACUCCUUUGUAUUCUUCUCUACGAUCUACACCAGCUCCUUGCUGCUGAUGGCAAUCAGUGUGGUUCGCUACAUAGCUGUUGCCUAUCAUAUGACUUAUCAACGACUGCAAAAAACAUUGUACCCGAUCAUUAUCAGUGCUGUUACUUGGCUGAUCUCAGCUGCACACUGCAGCAUUACUUUCAUUGUCCAGCACCAUCCAUCCUUGUCAAACUCAAAUUCUUCUGUAUGCUAUGAGAAUUUCACAGAGAGGCAGCUGGAGGUUCUCCUUCCACUUCGUUUGGAGUUUUUCUUUGUGCUGUGCCUUGUGCCUCUUCUAGUCUCCAUUUACUGCUAUCUGCGAUUGAUUUUGAUUCUAUACAGCCGUCCCACGAUAUCCUGGAUGCAAAAGAGGAAGGCUAUUGGGAUGGCUUUGGGAACUCUUGCUGUGUUUCUCAUUUGUGUUCUCCCAUACAAUUUAUCUCAUGUACUGGGUUUCUUUCAGGGUCAAAGCCCUAAAUGGAGAUACCCAGGAUGCAGCACAACAGGAGAGUUGGCAUGA